GGGUACCUGGCCAUUCAAAUCCUCCCUUGCUCUCAAAUAUCCCUUCAAGCCUGCGGAGGUGGCGGACGAUAUCGAAUCCUUCAUCUACAUUAUACUAUAUAUGGCGAUGAGAUUCCACUUCCACGAGUUGUCUUCUUCAGCCUCGAAAGGCUCGUCUCUCGAGCAACAGAGGGCAGCCAACGCACAAAACGAGAGCCUUGCUUACCGCUUCUACGAAGUAUUCCAUGAAGCGGACCGGACCCACGGCAUUUGCGUCGGCGGCUUUGUGAAAGAGCUCGCCAUCGAAGCCACUAGGGUUCCUAUCAAACUCGACCGACCAAACGGCCCUACGCCUCUGGAGCGCGUCCUGCAGAAAGCGUAUAGACUACUGCAUCGUCAUUAUAAGCGGGUGGAUCAAGCUGAUCUCGAUCGGUUUGCAGUGGCUCCGAAGGCAGGCAGGCCGAGCCGACUGGUCCUUGAGACAGGCAUUGGAAAGGAAAAAGACCCGUCUCAUGUGGCAUUAUACGACCACGACUCCAUGAAUGUCACCCCCUAUCGCGUACCCUCGUCUUCCUCCAGAUCGUCCCCGAGCUCGGUCUCCAGCAAGCGUUCCCAUAGACCCCUUGACAGCCACAGUGCCAUGAGCGAGAUACUGCGGUUAGCAUUCUUCGACGACGACGGGAAGCCCCUCGAUAUCACCGACUACCUGGGUGACUGUCUAUACGAUCAAUGCACCAACCAACCAGUAAUGACUUCUUCGCGCAGGAAGAACUUCACUGGAGUGGCGCUGGCACAUAUUCUGGCCAGGUCGCUCGAAAGCAAGGCCUCGGAAAGCAACGAUAGUGGGUCCGAGGUUUCAAGCCAGCUCCCCACCAUCGAAGAGGUGCCCGAAGAAGACCGUGGCGCGGAACAGUCCAGUCCUGGUUCUGCGCCGCCGAUCGCGGGAAUAAGGGUCUCAAGGACGGCAAAUCCCCCCAAGGAAACGCUGAAGUCGAAGAAGACUACGACGUCUAGAAAAGAUUCCCUUCCCCAGAAGGCAAAGACCGCCGCUGUCCAGAAAGCGGAGACAUCUCGCAAGUCUUCACUUCCCAACACAGAAGCACUGACCUCCGCAUGGAAAGUGACCUCGAGGGCGAAGCUGACUGCAACCACUAUCAAGACUUCUGCGAAACUAAAGGCCAGGGUCGUGGCUUCGGAGGUCAGCCGCGAGCGCGAGGCAUCGAAGGCUGCUAAUACUGCCGUCACUGCGGACAAGACGUCGGUUGCUGCAGGUGCGGUGCGGAGGUCUGCACGCCUGGCGACGAAGCAGGAGGACAACGCGCUUCCGCCACCCAUAACCGGCAAGCGUAAACGGGGCGAUGAAGCUACAGACGCUCAGAGUGUGCAGUUUCGCGCGAAUGCGACACGAACACGCAAGAUCACUAGCACUACGCGGGACAGGUCGGGAGCGGAGCCUGCUGUCACGCCGAAGCCUAUCGCGUCAAAGGCUACCACGGCGCGAAAGGCGAAGGCAGCGUCGGAAGCCCCCGCAAGAAGGUCAACUCGCCUUGCUGCUAAAAAGGCUUGAGCACGGGGGUCUUAUCAGUACGUUGUAUGCAGCUUU